GUGAAGACUCUCACUGCCUCUAAUGUAUGGACGCAGGACGAGAUCGAGCAUUUCCAUACGUGCAUAGUUCACAACGCUACACGGACUGGGAUGGGCCACCUUAUCGAGCAAAAGAGCAUAGCUGAGCUCAACAAUGCUGUAACCCAGCUUAUGUCACGUUUCUACUGGACGAAGGGCGAGAUGACCUUUCUUGAAAACCACUUGGGAGCAGGCGUAGCAGAACUUUGUCACGAGAUCCCACUUAGAGCUAAACAUGGGAUCGUCCAGAUGAAGUCCGUUAGGGACUUGGAAGUCACUAUAGCCGAAAAAAAAGUUGUGAAUUUGACUGACUCUUCUAUGGAGGACACGACAGAAGAUGACAAUUUAGCGUAUUGUAUUCAACACGAUUUGUCCAGAGAAACACUCGAGGCUCUCUUCCCCGACUGGUCGUUGUCCGAGACACUAGACAGAAUCGUAUUCCAGGCCGGUCCAUUGGAUUCCAUAGCUCUUACAACUGGUGAAAAACAGAUUAUCAAAGACUCCAUAAAGAAACAAAAGUCGUUGGAAUCAGUACAGUUCAACUUCCCGUGCCGUUCCAAAGACUACCUAGUAGAAAAGUUUAAGGAAUUUGAAUUUGUCUCUUCGCGUAAGACCAAGUUCAAGUCGUUGUCAGAGAGAUUGCUUUACGAAGCAAAAUGGGUUCUUUAUUCUAGUGGGGAAACUUUUACAACUACUAGACGGUCCCGUAAGCGGGCUCUUGAAGAGUCCUUUGAAACCAUGGAAAAGGAAGCCCUAGUGUCGAUCUACACCAAGCCUGCUCCUAAGCAGGAAAUGACUCCCGAAGAGUUGGAAGAAAGAGAACGUCGUAGAGAAGCCUUGAAGGAACUGAGAAGACUCGCGAAUGAAAGAAAAGCUCUUCUCAGAAAACAAAGGAAGGAAGACUUGGAGAGACGUAAAGCGGCUGGUUUAAUCAAAGCAAAACCAAAAUCUGACAUUACCCAUUCGAUUAAAGAUCUCUUGGCUGGAUCCGAGCACUUUCAAUCUGUUAUUGGCGAUAAAAAGAAAGUUGAGGAGGGACAAAAAAGAAAACGUAUACAAGCAGUUCACUACCGUCCUGAAAUCGAACCCAAGAAGCCUUCUAAACUAAAGGUCAGACACAGACAAGCCGAAAAAAGCAAAAUCAAACUAGCCUUAAAAUUGAAAAAACAACAAGAACACAACAAGAGAAAACCCAAAAAAGAACCAAAGAAAAAGAAGAAGACUGUCGAAGAAGAGUCCUUAGCUACACCGGAAACGGAGGAAUUCAUUAAAGAAGAGAUCGACGAAGACGAAGAGGAAGAGGAAGAAGAGGACACCUAUAGUCCAUUCGAUCCUGUUGAUCUCAAUUCAGAUUCGUUUGUGCCUCUUCAUGGAAGACAAUUCUACGCUGAAGAAAUAUACGUAGAUAAGCCCCAUGUCCCUGAGUUGAAGUUUGUUGAAGUUACAGAAGAGUCUGAAAAUCUGCUCAUCAGCAGUUCUACUUUGACAGAAACAAAAAGAAUUAUGACCACAAACGACGAUGACAUAGUCUACGAAGACUGCUUGGCAGCAGAUAUCAUCCGUUCUCACAUCAAGAACUACCGUGAUUUACCUAUAUCGUUCCCACCUUUGCUUGACCCUUCUAGCCUGGAAAGGAAGAUAUAUCCUACGAAUAAGGUCAGAAUCAGAUUCUUAUUGUAUCCUCAACACUGUGAACUGUUUAUUCUUGCAGCUCCUAAAACCAACGAACUAGAUCCUGUCUAUGAGAUUAUCAAAUUAUUCAUGAUCCAUUACGCCUUGUUCUUUUCGCAUUCCUCCGAGAUCAGAAGAAUCAUCACCGAAGAGUAUUGUCAGAAAAUUGAGCAUUCUAUCGAAGAGAAUGACUUUUCAGAUUUCAUGUUCGUCGUUGAUAAAUGGAACGCUUUAAUGCUUAAAUUAUCACCCAAUGAAGAGGCAGUCCAAUCUAUUGUCCAGAGUGGAAAAGAGGACAUAAAUGCUGGUCUUAGAUCGUAUCUUAGCGAACAAGAGAUUCGCGUACCAACUAGUGAAGACUUGAAGUUGCAGGCUUUUCUUGAAGCUGUCAUUCUUGAAGAUCUUAGUCCUACAUUCCAACUAAUCAAAGAAGAACCGAGUGAUGCCGAGAAACAGGAAUUUGUUCCAAAACAUCUUGGUGACGUUGAAGCCCCAAAGAAUGUGAGUGACGAAUUGAAGGAUAUGAAACCUGAUGAUUAUAAUUUGAUUUUCUUCACUAGGCUCAAAGAGAAGACUGAGAUUUCUAGAUUUGCGACUCAACAAAUUCUUUUGCGGAUUUAUUCGAGAAUCGUUUCGACGGAUUCACGAAAGUUGAGAUCAUACAAGGCAUUCACAGCUGAAGUAUAUGGGGAACUUUUACCAUCAUUUACCAGUGAAGUUCUUGAAAAGGUUAAUUUACUUCCAAACCAGAAGUUCUACGAUUUAGGCUCUGGUGUCGGGAAUACUACAUUUCAAGCAGCCUUAGAAUUUGGUGCUUCUAUGAGCGGAGGAUGUGAGCUUAUGGAACAUGCUUCAAAGUUAACUAAACUUCAAGAGGGGUUAUUGCAAAAGCAUAUGGCCGUGCUUGGUUUGAAGAAGUUAAACUUCAACUUUGCCUUGCUGCAAAGUUUUGUUGAUAACGAUCCCGUAAGAGAUGCUGCUCUGGACUGUGAAGUGCUCAUCAUUAACAACUACCUCUUUGACGGCAAUUUGAAUGCAGAAGUUGGGAGACUUUUAUGUGGUCUCAAGCCAGGAACCAAGAUCAUUAGUUUGAGAAACUUUAUCAGUCCUAGAUACAGAGCAACUGGGGAUACUAUUUUUGAUUUCUUCAAAGUUGAAAAGCACGAAAUGAGUGAUUUCUUGUCAGUCAGUUGGACGGCAAACAAGGUUCCAUACUACAUUUCCACUGUCCAGGAUAGAAUCUUGCCAGAAUACUUAGGCAAAGAUGAAUCUCCUGAUAGUGAUAGAUCCACACCUACACUCAAAUCAGAAAAUGGCAGUUCCGAAAACCUCGCUGGUAGCCUAACCCCUUUUACUGCAACACCUGAACCUGAUAUGUUCAAGGACCUAUCUUGUGUAUUAGGAGAUGAAGACGACAUUCUUCUCCACUAA